CGUGCCUAAUAUUUACAAACUGCGCGCCUAUAUUAACAAACUGCGCGCCUAAUUUGCAAGCUGUGUGCAAGUUUGUUGUGUAUUUUCAGAAAACGUAAACGCCACUCACUAAACCUGUCCCUAUAUAAAAAUGAACCAAAGUCUGACCCUAACAAAGAUGUAGAUAACAACACCGCAUCUUCAAAAACCAUGACACCCCUUCAGAAUUAAACAAGAUGAAGAAAAGGAAACCAAUCAAGAAACCAAAGAGGCGAUUGUUUAAAGGUACCAGUGACUCAUUUGAAAAAACAUUAAAAGACUGUGAAAACCUCUUGCCCUAUGUCCUCUCAAACCUUAUAAGAAAUAAUACAUUGUGUCAACCCUUCCUCAAUUUCCUUAUCCUCAUCUCAACAAAUUCAAUCCCCCUUGAUAAUAUAGCACUUCUCCUUUUUGAUGUGGUCGAAUAUUAUGUAGCGAAAAUGAACACACGACAAAUGAUAUAUAGUCCAGAAACAAUGAAAUUUGGGAAGGUUUGCUGUAGACAAUUCAAUGGGAAGUUUCUACGAUUCAUGACAGGAGACAGGGAGUCCCACCACAUACAUUUUGCCGAUCCGACUGAAAAAACUAUCAGAAACUUUAAUGGCCUUGAUCUUAUAAUCCCCAGAGAACUCAAGCCAGGAAUAAUUAAAGAAGCGUUUCCAAUGCUGGAGAAUGAUAAAAGGUAUGUCAUUAGCGUUGAUGGGAAAAAUACUGCAUCAGGACUUACAAAAGAGGGUGGGGACAUUGAUUUGUUUGGUCACGAACCAAAUGGCGACUCUUGCGAAAAAAAGGAUUCAAUACAUAUUUACACAAUUCAAUUUGUAUUUAUGUUGCACCAUGCAUCAAAUAGUGUUAGUUUGAAAUAAAGUAGUAAAAUAGGAAAGUUCGGCACUUCAAUGGAGACUAGGCGGGGGCCACCCGGGUGUCUUUUACUAGGACCCCAAUAGAACAAAACCAUUUUCAUGAGAUUUUUGAACUCAACUCUAUAUGAUGAAGUCGAAUCAUUGCAUCAUACUUUUAUAAAAUCAUAUAGACAAGAACAAAAUAAAAUAUAAAUAUGGACAUUUCCACUGGUUGUCAACCAUCAACACAAUUUUAAUUUUUGAUUUAUUUCAACCUUUUCAAUCUCUACUUUUUCAACUUACUUACGUACUCCCAUGAAACCACAUAGGCCUGCAUUACUGAGAAGUCAUCAAUAAUAUGCACGCAGUUUGGAAGAGUAUGCACGCAGUUUGUGAUUUCUGGCUAAAAUAGGCGCGCAGUUUGUGUUUUAUUACUUCUUUCUGUCAUGUUCAUCUCUUUUAAUACGAAAUAUUUUGUAUUGUACGGGAGAACUGGGUUGAGAUUUAC